AUGCCCUGCCUUGGGAGUACGAGGCUCGUCUUCGACUUGCUAGAAGUCUCGCCAUCUCUGCGUCGUCCUCUCUCCUCACUGCGUUCACUAUCCUUUUUCUUCCCAAGCUCCAUGCCGCCACGUUGCACGUUCUCAACCAUGGAGCAUUCUCCUAACGAUCUUUUUGACUACACGUCAGGGAGGUGGAUCAUCAACGACGCUCUCCGCCAAGAACGCAGACUUAUUUUCAACGUCGAUGGGCUACGUCGACUUGCAGCGCAAUCUGUUAAUCGGAGUCCUGACGAUAUCGUCGACUUGGCAAAGCUCGCCGAGGGCGGAUUUAACCGUACCUUCCUGAUUAGUAUGCGGGGCGACUUCCAAAUGGUAGCGCGUAUCCCGUAUCCGGCUACAGUUCCCAAGUACUACGCUGUUGCGAGUGAAGUGGCGACUAUGGCCUUACUCUGUUCCUCGGGGCUGCCUAUUCCCAAGGUAUACGGAUACUCACCUGCACCAGACAAUGCUGCAGAAACCGAGUACAUCUUCAUGGAGUUUGUGCGAGGAACCAAGUUAAGCGAAGUAUGGCUUGACCUCGGGGAUCGGGAAAUCAUGUCAGUCUUGCGCCAACUUGCUCAACUCGAGUCGAAGAUGAUGUCAAUUUCUUUCCCAGCUGGUGGAAGUCUGUACUAUGCACAAGACCUGGAGAAGGUGGCUGGGGGGCCGGGCAUCCCACUAGAGGACGAACGUUUCCGUGUCGGUCCAGAUGUAAGACUACCUCUGUGGUAUGGCAGGAGAUCACAGCUUGACGUAGACCGGGGACCAUAUGAAAGGGCCGAAACAGCGCUCGUAAGAGCAGCCCACAAGGAACUGGCUUAUCUGAAGCAGUUUGGUCAACCGUUGUUGCCGUUCCAGCGUGUGAGGAGGGAAGGUUACCGUUACCAGGAGCAAUCGUCGUCGGAACACAUCGAGAACCUGAACCGCUAUCUCCUCAUCGCGUCGUCAGUUGUCCCCAGAGACCCAGCCCUUAGUCAUUUCAGCAUCCGCCAUCCCGACCUCCAGCAGAACAAUAUCGUUGUUUCGAGGUCGCCCAACUCUGAUUGGCAAGUCAUCAGCCUGUUCGACUGGCAACACGCCUCGAUCCUGCCCCCAUUUCUCCUUGCCGGUAUACCCGAACGCCUCGCCGCCGCCUCUUCCACCACGGCCAGUGACCCGUGGGAGGGCGAGACUCUCGCGCUGAAGGUUGCGCUAAUAGAGGCAACAGAGAACUAG